CUCGGCGAUUUUCCACCGAAAAAACGCAGCAAACCGCUCGGGGGAAAAAAAACCAAGCCGAACCGAACGAACCGCCAACCUACCACCACCGGCCGGCCAGCCGCGCCGGCGAUGGAGGAGGAGGGGCCGGCCGCGGCGGCCCCCGUGGCGAGCAACAGGAAGGUGGUGCUGCGCGGCUACAUCAGCCGGGCGCCGAGGGAGGACGACAUGGUGCUCGUCGACGGCGGCACGGUGGCGCUGCGCGUGCCGGGGGGCGCGCCCCCGGCGGUGCUGGUCAGGAACCUCUACCUCUCCUGCGACCCCUACAUGCGCGGCCGGAUGCGGGACUUCCAGGGGUCCUACGUCCCCCCGUUCAAGCCUGGAUCCGUCAUAGAAGGGUUUGGAGUGGCGAGAGUGGUGGACUCCACUCAUCCCGGAUUCAGCGCGGGCGACAUUGUCUCGGGAAUGACGGGUUGGGAGGAAUACACUCUGAUCGACAAGCCUGAGCGGCUGAGCACGAUCCAGCAGAGUGACAUACCACUCUCCUACCAUUUGGGGCUUCUUGGCAUGCCUGGCUUUACAGCUUAUGCUGGUUUCUAUGAGAUCUGCUCACCGAAGAAGGGAGAGUUCGUCUUUGUGUCGGCUGCAUCAGGAGCGGUUGGCCAAAUUGUUGGUCAACUGGCAAAGCUUCAUGGAUGCUAUGUCGUGGGAAGCGCUGGAACAAAUCAGAAAGUUGAGCUCUUGAAGGAAAAGUUUGGAUUUGAUGCAGCUUUCAAUUACAAAGAGGAGCCUGACUUAACUGCAGCCUUGAAAAGAUACUUCCCUGAAGGUAUCGACAUCUACUUUGAGAACGUAGGUGGACAAAUGCUUGAUGCUGUACUCCUUAACAUGAGGGUCCAUGGUCGCAUUGCAGUGUGUGGGAUGGUCUCCCAGCAUGGUCUGACUGAUCCUGUAGGGAUCCACAACCUCUACUGCCUUGUACCAAAGAGGAUACGUAUGCAAGGCUUCCUUCAGAGUGACUACAUCCAUAUGUUCCCAAAGUUUCUCAAUGACAUGGGAAAGCAUUACAGAGAUGGCAAGAUUGUGUAUGUAGAAGACAUGAGCAUAGGCUUGGAGAAUGCACCUGCUGCAUUUGUUGGCCUAUUCAGUGGAAAAAAUGUUGGCAAGCAGGUUGUGUGUGUUUCACAGGAGUGAUGACCGUGUAAACUUUUGAUGAAUAUUAGAAACCCCUCAAGAGGUGACAAGUAA